UCUUGGGGUGACUACAUAUACUCCUGCAUGGCAGGACUGGCAUCUGCUCAGCAUGAGCACAGAUUCCUGAGUCCAGGGGAGCCAUUUAGGGAUCUGAGGCUUUGCCUGUCAGCACAUUCCUCGGGGAUGCCUCAGCCUUCCGAGGAAAUGUCUGAGGAGAGGCCCUGGAAUGAGAGAGAGGGGAAGAAGCCAGUUUUAAGAGGCCUCAGGGCCCCCUGUGCCUUGAGUCUGUGUUUUGGGGACUCUCUGGACAUCCAGAGCCUCUUAUGUUCAGAAGAUGAGCCCAAUGACAUCUCUGGCUCCUACAGAAUGACAUGGAGGAAAUGUUCUAAGACAGAAAUGCUGAGCUGGUUUCGGAACGCUGACCACGACAGCAGCAAGUAAAGGGGGUCCCUCUGCCUGAAGAAGGUGGUCAUGGCCUUCUUGUUGAUUACCCGACGGCUGGCCUGCAGUUCACAGAAAAACCUCCACCUCUUCACACCUGGAUCCAGAUAUAUCAGCCAAGCUGCUGCCAAAGUUGACAUUGAAUUUGAUUAUGAUGGACCACUGAUGAAGACAGAAGUCCCAGGGCCAAGAUCUAAGGAGCUAAUGAAACAGCUGAACACAAUCCAGAAUGCAGAGGCCGUGCACUUUUUCUGCAACUAUGAAGAGAGCCGAGGCAACUACCUAGUAGACGUGGACGGCAACCGCAUGUUGGACCUAUAUUCUCAGAUCUCCUCUGUGCCCAUAGGUUACAACCAUCCGGCUCUGGCGAAACUCGUUCAACAGCCUCAGAACACGAGCACUUUCAUCAACAGACCUGCCCUGGGCAUCCUGCCUCCAGAGAACUUUGUGAACAAGCUCCAGGAGUCCUUGAUGUCUGUGGCACCCAAAGGUAUGUCCCAGCUCAUCACCAUGGCCUGUGGCUCCUGCUCCAAUGAGAAUGCGUUCAAGACCAUCUUCAUGUGGUACCGGAGUAAGGAACGAGGGCAGAGAGGUUUCUCCAAAGAGGAGCUAGAGACCUGCAUGGUUAACCAGAGUCCUGGAUGCCCAGACUACAGCAUCCUCUCCUUCAUGGGUGCUUUCCACGGGAGGACCAUGGGUUGCUUAGCGACCACACACUCCAAAGCAAUUCACAAGAUUGACAUCCCUUCCUUUGACUGGCCCAUUGCUCCAUUCCCACGGCUGAAAUAUCCCCUGGAGGAGUUCAUGACGGACAACCAGCAAGAGGAGGCCCGUUGCCUAGAAGAGGUCGAGGAUCUAAUUGUGAAAUAUCGGAAAAAGAAGAGAACAGUGGCUGGAAUCAUCGUGGAGCCCAUCCAGUCCGAGGGUGGAGACAACCACGCGUCAGAUGACUUCUUCCGGAAGCUGAGAGACAUAGCCAGGAAGCAUGGCUGUGCCUUCUUGGUGGACGAGGUGCAGACUGGAGGAGGCUGUACAGGCAAGUUCUGGGCCCAUGAACACUGGGGCUUGGAUGACCCCGCCGAUGUAAUGUCGUUCAGCAAGAAGAUGAUGACUGGGGGCUUCUUCCACAAGGAGGAGUUUCGGCCAAGUGCUCCUUACCGGAUCUUCAACACCUGGCUGGGGGACCCAUCUAAGAACUUGCUGCUGGCUGAGGUCAUCAAUGUCAUCAAGCGGGAAGACCUGCUCAACAAUGUGGCCCAUGCUGGGAAGACCCUACUCACAGGGCUGCUGGACCUCCAGGCCCAGUACCCACAGUUCAUCAGCAGGGUGAGGGGACGAGGCACCUUCUGUUCCUUCGACACUCCUGAUGAAGCCAUACGGAAUAAACUCAUCCUGAUUGCCAGGAACAAAGGUGUGGUAUUGGGGGGCUGCGGUGACAGAUCCAUCCGUUUCCGCCCCACGCUGGUCUUCAGGGAUCACCACGCCCAUCUGUUCCUCAACAUUUUCAGUGGCAUUUUAGCAGAUUUCAAGUAACAGAGACGUCUCCAUGCCGCUCACUCGGAGAGAGUCCUGUCUCAGCGGUGUCAACUUGAUUAGUUUGCCUAAUUCAUAUUUUCACUUCAGAGUUUAUCAGAGGCGAAUGCAUAAACUAAAGGGUCAUUUGUGGGGCAGGCUCAUUGGUUAGUGCUUGUGGAGUGCUUGUGGAAAGGACGAUGGUUUGAGGAGCGUCCCCUGCAGAGCUCAUGGUGACCACUGGUUAAAGCCCAGAAGUUCUGUGUAAGCAUUGAAUGCUGUCUUAGGAAAGGCCAUGAAGCCAUAUUUCUGCCAACCCUAGACUAACCAGUCUCUUAGAAAUCACUCAAGGGUAUUACACAUGCUCCGAGGCGGGUGGGUAUCUGCCUAUCUCAAGUACCCUAUCAGAGAUCAGAGAUAAUGGCAUCCUCUCUUCCCUCACAAACAAGCUCUUGUCACUUCUCACCUAAUCCCUAGCUCCAUGCCCCCACUCGUGACUUACUGAGGGUCUGGAUAGCUGUCAGGAAGAUGACAAGGUAGGGAAAUAAGGACCAUGUCUGGAGGCUUCUGGUACCCUAAACACCAAGACCCACUCAUCCCUGUGCCCUGAUGAUGUCUCUGGCCUGUGAAUUCUAUCCUUGACUGACCCGUGCUCCUGGAGGACCUCCAGUUGUGCCAGUGAUAGAUAGUUUAGUCAACAUUCCCAUCAUGUGUCAAUCUGGACUCGGAGGAAGGAGAGAACACCCUGAGCACCCAGGAGACUCAUGGAGCCUCCACUGAGGAACACGUACAGCAGAGUCCUUCAUCCCAUCUCCAGGGCCUCUGACUUAUGACCCCUCAUCCUGGGAGCACCAUAGUCCAUCUUUCACUCACCCACCUUCCCUCCAUUCCUGAGCAGGACUAGUCCAUCCCAGAGGGCCACUGCUGGACUUCCUGUUAGGGGCAAUGUGUUCAUUAUAAAGGCAUAAGGACACCACAACAGCUUGCUGGUCCUGAUGGUUUUCUUGGACUUGCCCCCACCUCCUCACCCCCCCACCCGACCCCACCCCAUCCCUACUCCCAGCCUGGACUUCUCCUGAGUAUGAGGCUUUCCUGGCAUCCAGCAGUUGAUGCUUAUGCAGGCUCCAGCAUCUCAGCCAGAGGCCAGAUGUUCUUAGAACUGCCUGGCUUGGCCUGAGAGGCUCCUAAGCAGACCACUAACCCUUCAGAGAGACAGUGUGUAUUUAACAUGUAGACUGCAGGGGCCUGUUUUAUCCAGAUGCGUCUUUGCAUCCUGGUGCCCUCGUUGACUGGGGAGAUGAGUAUACCAGGGUUUCCAAUUCAGCCCUUUUGUUCUCUUAAUGAUGAUUCAUCCAAAGACCUGGCUUUUGUGCUUCCUUAGACACGGCCCCCAACUUACCUGCCUUGAAGAAGAAAGGCGCUGACACACUUAACACAAACAGCAGAUCCAUGAAUACCAGUUCAUGUCACAGCCCUGCAGUCCGAGAUUCAGUGCCCUCUUCGUAGCUGUGUUUAAGGUCAUUUCCAUCAGUGAUGGGGUCUCCUCCCUUCCUCCUUCCCUGUAAGCUUUCACUCAGAGCAUGUUUAUUUCCACAUCCAUUAUUUAUCCACUCAUCAGACUGCCAUGAAAUAUUUGUGUUGUUCCAGGUCCUGUGCUAAGCACAGGCACCAAACAUGAAAUGAGAGAAGGUCCUUGCUCCUGGGAACUCCCACUCUCUCGGGAACCACAGACGCCUAACGUUGAAGUCAGAAUGGCAAGUGUGCCAGCAAGGAUUUCUGAACACUAAAUCCAAUGAGCCUUCACAGGGAAAGGAUGUUUGAGCAGAAUUCUCCAGAAUGGAGUUAUCCAAGGAGAAAAGGCAAGGAUGAGUGAAGGAAGCAAAAAGCAUGUGCAGAGGCACACCUGUGCAUGUGCAGAGGCACACCUGUGCAUGUGCAGAGGCACACCUGUGCAUGUGCAGAGGCACACCCGUGCAUAGUCUCAGCCCCCUGAGGAGCCAGACCCCACCCAAAAAUCCCAAGGUUCAAGGUCUUAUUUAACAAGCCAGAAAAAUGCAGGCCAAGCCCUAAUUCAUAGUAUUGGUUUAAGCAUGCUGCCUCCUGAGAACCACAGUAUCAUAUGCAGAUACUCCUGCAGGACUUUAGAGUCCAAAGGGUUUUAAUCCAGGACAUAGGCAGAAAAUGCUCUCUCUAAUUAAGGGAGCAGCUGAUAUUUCAUUUUCUUGCCACAGGGCAUGUUGACAGAAGAAUGAAACUCUUUGUAGAAAGUCAUCUCCAGAUGUAUUGUCCACCCCUUGCCCAGAGACAGUUUAAAUAAACUAACAAAAAUUAAGGCGUUUAUCCACAAGUUCUUGACUCGAGUACAGUGCAUUCCUGAGACACCCUCUUUGGGAGUACAGGAGGUUAGCUGGAAGAAUGCCAAGGGAAAGAAUUGUCCACAAAACUCAAGACUGUAGAGACUUAGAGAAGGCUGAAGAAGCCUAGUGGGCAGGCUUCUGCCUAGGGCAGAAGCCACAAACAAGCACAUCUGUGUGGAAGGUCUGGAGGAACACCCAUCAUGCGUUAGUGCAGUAGAGUUUAGUAAGCAUCUCUAGCCAGUCUUGUCAAUUGUGCAGAAAACAAGGCCUGGUACUAGCAAGUCUUAGCAUAUCCUCCCUUUUUAUUAUAAAUGGGUGGUUUUUUUUUUUUUUAUAACUUUUACUGAUGCUCAGUAACCAUGCAAAACUGUGCACAUUCAUGUACUAAUAGAUCUGUACCUAUCUAUCUCUGUAUGCAUAUAUAUCAGCUCACUGUAGAAAACCACAGCUAUGGAGCUUCGCAGACUCUCAUGCAAACCAAGUGAUCUUGUUUACAGUAACUGUCAACAGUGCCAAUAAGGGGUGGGGGGCACUAACCUGUCAGAGUGGAACUGGUGACCACGUGAACAGUUCCAUGAAUUAAAUGUUUCCUGUGUUAAUCAGUAUUCUUAAAUUAAAAGAAAACGUUUAUAAUGGAAA